UAUCCACUAUUUAUUCUCCAUCCAUAUUAUUAUUUCUUCUCCAAUUUUUUUUUCUGAUGGAGGCAUUCAAUCCAAUUCAUUCAAUCUCUAUUGUUCUUCAAUCAAAUUAUCCGUUCAAUCUCUAUUGUUAUUCAAUCAAAGGAUCCAUUCAAUCUCUAUUUUACCAGUUUAUAUAUUACUUAAAUAUUAAAUAUUGUAUAACAUUCUUUGCUAAUUGGCAAUGCAUACCAUUUUGAUAUUUUGUUAUAAUUAAUUUCACUACUUUUAAUCGGGUCAAAAUAAAGGAAACGAUGUUUAAUUUUCGGGUCAAAAGAAAUGCGGAUCCUGGUCUUUUAAUUUUCGCGCGGAUCCUAACCGGCACAUGCCUAUCACCUGAUCACUCCUCUCUCCUAGCUACAGAGCCGCUUCACUUCAUCUCAUCGCAUCGCAGGAUUGUGUUAAUUUUCUACUACUUGCUUCUUCUUUGUGCUUACCAUCGGGAUCAGAUAGUGUUGUAUGAGUGUGAUCAGCCAUAGCCGCUUCACAUUGUCCCAUCGCAUAGCAGAUUGUGUUGUGCGAGUGUGAUCAGCCAGAGGCGCUUCACUUUUCCUCAUCAUAUCCCAGCUAACUCUCCAUCUUCUUGUGUUAAUUUUUUUCAUUUUUAUCCGUAUUUUUAGAUCAGAUGGUUGGAGUAUGGCUUCCCCACCCACACUUGUCGAACUAAAGAGAAGUCCAUCCGAUUACACUCUAUCUAAUGUAGUACAUUGGGAGCUUGGCGGUGAUGUUCCAUUUGUGUUUCUGGCCAAUUGUUUGGUUGCUGUGUCAGAGGCAGCUGAGGAUGAUCUACAAGAUAUUGCUUGCAAUAUCUUUAGGACGUUCAUGAAGAUAUCUCCUCAAAAUUUGUUUGCAGUCCUUUCUAUACUUGCAAGGACUUAUACUGAUGGUGAUAACUCUUACACAAUUGAAGCUUCUAAAGAUGCUAUCAUCGAAGCAAUCGCUGAAUCAUCUAACAAGACCCCGGAGUUUAUUAAAGAUCAGUUGUUGGAGCAUGACUUAGCAUUUGUUGCUGAAGUCAACAGACCAAUAGAGUUACUAUUCAAACGUGAAAAGCUUACCAUUGAGUAUCUUUUUUCAAAGAUCAUCGCAUUAGUGGAGAAUGUCAAAAGGAAGAAAGAAAAAAAGAAAGUUUGGGCUAAGAGAAACCUGUAUACAUUGCUUGGUAUGUUCAAUCAUGCUUCGGAAUUUGAAGCUGGGACCUUGGUUCGGUUGCUACAGCCCAUUUGGAAAAAGGUUCCUGAGAAUGUAAUUCUGCAUGGCCUCGCUUGUGCUACUGUGUAUGCACACAUUUCUCCUGAGGAUCCUGACAUUCCUAUGCAUCUUGAGAGAGCGGUUGAUCUUUGUAACCGAAUUUAUCAAUUGGUUAAGUCUUUCCGAGCAUUUUGUGAUGCCUUUUGUCAUACCUAUCCAUGUACUGGAUAUAUGUAUCUGCCAGAGAUUAUAGGAUUUGCUCCUGGCAUUCCUCUAAAGUUGAUGGAGGCCGAACCCAUACUUGACACAUCCGAGCUGUUUCAAAAAUUUGGGUCUAAUGGUUUCACCUAUGAGUCUAAUGAUUAUGGGGAUGUAAUACGUGCUCAGAUACAUGGUCUAGAAAAUGGCGUGAUUGUGAUAUAUGUUGAUAAUGAAUUGGUCACAGACCGUUUUCCCGAUGUUCUUGCCAUAGUGAUGAGAGCAAGAGGCCAGAAUAUGAAGUCCUUUAUAAUCGAUUGCAAAGUCUGUGCCUUUGAUGAAAGGAGAAAGACCAGUUUAUCGAUCAAGGAUCUUCCCAACUCACAUUGGGAAGAUGCUGAAAUCGUUGUCAGCAUUGUUGUUUCGGACAUUCUUUACUUGAAUGGAAAGUCACUCUUGCAAAAGCAACUCCUACUUCGCCAUCAGAUGCUUCAAAGAUCCUUUGUUGAACAGUUGGAUUCAUCAGUCAAUAUUUCCGAUGUCCCACAAUGCAACGAUCUUAAGCUUCUUAAAAGCUUUCUGAAAGCUGCUGGCAAGUCAAGCUUAAUUGUGAAGUCUCUUACUGAUAAUGCCACAUAUGAACCUUGUAAAAAGUUACGCAACUGGCUUAUACUUAGAAAAGAAGACUUGGCAGACCUUGAAAAAAAAGCUACAGAUAGUAAUGAUGAUGCUCGAGUUGUGAGGGCACCUAGUAAAGAAGCCAAGGCUACAACUAGAGAUAGUGAAGAUGCCUCCUUAACUGGAGAUAAUGAAGAUGCUGCCACAACUGGAGAUAGUGAAGAUGCUGCCUUAACUGGAGAUAAUGAAGAUGCUGCCACAACUGGAGCUAGUGAAGAUGAUGCUUGAAUUGAGAUAGUUGCUAAAUUUUGGUAGAGCACUAGGUGAAUCUGAUACAAAUUUGAUUGGAUGAGGCUGUACUGUAAAUUGGGGUUAGGUUGGAGAUUUAUUGAAUUUUUGUGGCUUUUGGUGAAUAUAAGUAGCUUAGAUUUGUCUGCUUCGUUUUGCUGUGAAUCAGUGCAAACGGUGUCCUUUGUUUUGACCUUUCUAAGGUGCUAUGCUUUUAAUGGGCAAACACUACGUUUUGUAA